UGAUGGAACCAAGAGCGGCCACUGGAUCCCUUGUCAGCUCCAUUUCACAGUGGACAACAUGAAGGAGGAACAUCUACUCGCCCUGAUAGCCAGAGAAGUCCAUUCCAUCAGACCGUGCACCAUGAGUCUUGAUAGCAUCUGUUCUGAAGUGUAAAAAAACCCCAAAAACAAAACUCAUUAAUACAUCACCUCCUCCUCUCUCCCUCUGCUGGUCCUCUCUUUAACACUUAGGAGGAAAGCAACAAUACCUCCAUUCCUACUGGACAAUUACUGAUGUGAUUGACCUUAAGACUGUUAACCACAACGACUGUUCUCCUACUACUGCCCCUUUCCCCCUUUAAAAACAUAUUUUUAUAAGACAUAUUUAUCUGAAUAUAUCUCUGCACAUAUUGUGGAUAAAACUGUGGAUCCUUGAAAAUCCGCCUCAUCACCUGAAGAUUCGAUUUUAUUGAUUCCCCAUCAGACACUUUCUUGGAUUAAUAUUUUUUGCAGCUAUGGAUCUUGUAGGUUUUUCUAUCAGGCUGCAAGUGUUCCUCAGCACAUGUCUGGGACUGGAAUUUUUAGGCACACCAGGUCAGUGGGCACGCUACCUCCGCUGGGACGCCAGCACCCGCGGUGACCUCAGCUUCCAGUUCAAGACAGAGGCCUCGAAGGCGCUGCUGCUGUACUUUGAUGACGGAGGCUACUGUGACUUUCUGCAGCUGUCGGUGGUGGAGGGCCGACUGCAGCUGCGCUUCAGCAUCGACUGUGCUGAGACCACGGUGGUGUCCGACAGACGGGUGGACGACAACAGCUGGCACUUUGCCACUCUGAGCAGGUAUAACCUGCGCACAGUGCUCGUACUGGAUGGCCAGGCCAAAGCAGAUGAGGUGCGGCCUCAGCGUCUGUUCAUGAAAAUAGUCAGCGACCUGUUCCUGGGUGGAGUGCCUCAGGAUAUCCGCAAUGGUGCGCUCACACUGCCCACAGUGCGAAACAUGCAGCCCUUCAGGGGCACAAUUACAGACCUCAAAUAUGGCAUCUCACAGCCCCUGUUCCUGGGAAGCCUUAAGGUGCCCCUGGAGUCAGAAGGGUGGUGCACCAUGAACCCGUGUGAGAAUGGCGGUACGUGUUCCGUGGUGGAUGGAGAGCCGGUCUGCGACUGCUCCAAAACAGAAUACAAGGGCCGCUUCUGCAGUGAAG